CUUGAGGCACAUCCACAAGCACCCACCCACCGCCAUGAACAGCAUCGCCGCGUUGUGUCACUUUUGUGAACUGCACGGCCCGCAGAUUCUACUGACAACAACAACACACCAUCUGGCAAGCACGGACCCGGCUGAUUUUGUGCAGCAGCACCUGGUUGAACAAAGACAGCAGAAACGGCGGCAACAGAGGCAGCAAGCACAACACCACCAGCAUGGCAUGAAUGGGGACGCAGCGGAGCAGUGCAUGCGCGGGCGCACGAGCUCCAGUGGCAGCAUGACGCUGGCGGAGGCCAUGUUUGCUCGAAACCGCGGUGCUUCGUUCAGUGUUACCAGCAUCAACAAUGUGGAAGAUAACGACGAUGAUGCUGACGCUUAUGUCGGUGGUGUCAAUGUUGUUAAUGAUGAUGGCGAUGGUGACUGGAGCGCGGAUGCAGGGCAGUCGCUCACUGGAAGGCCGUUGACUGAGCUGCCCGCACGUACACGACCGUUUUACUCUGCCCCGACAUCUCCACAGCAACGGAGACGCGCAGGCUGCGGAACAAGGGCCAAUCGAAGAGGCCCAAGCAAUUCCACUGCACUGCAGUCGAAGCUGCAGUCCAUGUCACCCUCGUUUGCACAUCGGUCGCCGGGCAGGCGAUCGGGCUCCCGUGGAUCCCCGGCCGCAUCAAAUGCAGAGCUGACAGAGCUGACAGAGCCCUGUACGCCCCUUCGACCAACCCUCGUCGGUCUCGACGACGGGCCGCCUGUGCGCGGCCGCAUACGUCCUGCACAUCGCACGCGACGUCGUCGACACCAGCGGACCGGCGCGCUGCCGUCAUCAGCAUCGACUUCGCCGCCGCCCGUGCCGCGCCUGACGUUUGACUUGGACCUCGGCAGCGACACACAUCUCAACGGCAUCGUGGACGGGAGCAGUGCAAAACGUGGGGACCACGGCAACCCCAGGGGCGCCACCGAGGCUGGCGGCGGUGGUCAAGAUGGGCGCGCCCACCAAUACGACAGUGUUGCGCUGUUGAGCCGGCAGACAAGCGCGUCAACACGCGAGGCUGCCAGUCCACGGUACGGCAGUGCACCGUCCAGUCGCCCUUCCAGCGCACAGGCGCACCACCGCCCCGGUCACUGUCGACGGUCCUCCAUUGCGAGCACGCCGACAGCGAGCUGCGGAGAGGAGCAGAGAAACGGGCGCAGCCGCCGUGGCACCACCAGUCGUGACGGGCCGUCCACGAACAACACCAGUGGUGAUGGAAACACCACUAACCACCACAACGGCAGCUACAACUACAGCAGCAACGACAGUAACCACCGCAACACCCGCAACGCCAACAGCGACGACAAGAACAACUACGACGCCGACGCUGGGGAACACGCCACCCGCAGCAACACCAGCAUCAACGGGGGCGCGUUUGGGGUGAGUACCUUGUACGCGGGCCACGUCGACUGCCCGGCAUGUGGGUGGCCGUGUGAGGAGCCUGGGUUUGUAUCGUUUGAUGAGGAGAACAGCACGCUGUAUCUGUCCGAGCACCGCCCACUGCGGUCGGAGGUGUAUGACCCAUUGCGACGCGCGUGCCUGCGAGCGUUCAGCAGCGAGGUGACAAAAGGCGGGCCUGUUCUCUUCGGUGACAGCCAACAAGGCUUCACGUUCAGCCACGUGUUUGAGGUGAAGGAUGUUUCUGCACGGGGCGGCCAUCGCCGGUAUGGGAUCCUGGUUUUGGUUGCAGACAAGCUGUAUCUUGCGUCAUCGUGGUCAUUCUUGAGGCAACACGUCUCUGUGCUCGUGCGCGACAUUGUGCGGCGAGCGGAGGCUGCGUCCGUCAACCUGCCACACUCCUCCCACCUGGUUGCGGGCGCGCUGACGUCGUGUCGGCGCAAUCUUCCGUUUGACCGCUUCAAGAGCCUGCGUGACACAUCUGAUUUCCUCUCGCUGAUCCAGCUGCUUGAGUCGCCACUGCUCUACUCUGACAUCCACGCCUACCUCACUUGGGUCCUUAAGGGAUUCCAUGCUCGCCUGGUUGAGCGGCCACUGGAGGGCGGGUCUCUCGUUGGCUCCGCCCCCACCAGCUUCGAUGACAUGCCUGCUGCUUCCCUGUCGGACUUGUGCAAUGUGCUCGGCACAGACAGCAUGCGUCUUGCCCUCCAUCACAUCUCCAUUGGCAACCAGUGCAUCGUCCUCGCAUCCCAGCCAUCCGUGUCGACUGCAAUCGCGCAAUUACUUGCCUGCACACUUCCAGACCGCUGUGUUUCGCUCAACGUGAACCAGCGCGAAUACGUGCCAACAUACGCAUGCAACAUCCUGGGGAUGAGCGGUGCUGGUUCGCUGCCCGAUGAUUUGGCGAGCAAAGGUGCUGUCUUACUGCGCAUACACACAGCUGUGGAAGCCAUGACUGAUGGUGCUGAUGGUGCUGAUGCUGAUGUUGAUGAGGAUUGGCCAUUUUAUGCGCCCAUCAAGCGCGUUGACGUGGAAGGCUCGCCUGGACCAGAUGGACACGUGAACACGUUUGUGACAGCCGUACUCGAAGCGUCUGAACGCCCACACGACCCCGAGCUCUCCGUGGAACUGCUUCGCGCCCUGAGGGAAAAGUACACCCGCAUCGCCAAGAUGUACUUUGCAUUGACCCGAGGAAAAAAGGUACCUCCGUACCGAGCGCUACAGGUGCUUGGGCUCCCGCCACAGGACCAGCAGCUGUUGAUGUUUUGGACAUCCGCGCUCAGCCCGACGCAACGGCGAGUGAUACUCCAGGAGACAAUGAAGGAAAGGACGUCGAGUGAGUGAUAUGUAACAACGUGACACGACUGCAACGUGAUGCGAAGCUGCUGUGUGAUUUCAAUGUAACCUUGAACUGUAGCUCGGGACACCUCAAGUCGAAUCCUUAUUCCACCCCCUUCAACCACGUCGACAACAACAACAACAGCAGCAGCCUCACAUACGCAGCCCUCCAGUCAAACAUCAACGCCACCCAUGCAUUUAUGACGUGUAUUUAGAAAGCUGCUUCAGAACAUAAACAAAC